CAAACAGAGAAAGUGCCUAGCUGAAGGCUUCAAUAUUCUAUAGCUCCCACCAUUCCACCACGAAGACACUUCAGCUUUCAAUAUGGCUUCCAACAUCCUCUUCCUCCCCUUCCGCAAAGCCCACAGCCUCGUCCUAUCCGAUGCCAUCAGGCAAUAUAUCUCUGGCAAAUAUGACCAACAUCCGGACAUGUUCAAGCAGGACCUCGAGGUCAUUGACAGUCUGCGCCGGGAAGCAAUCAACGUCCGCGAACCCCAUAUUAGCGGUCUCAAGAAGAUUGCUGCCUAUGCCGCUCAGCUCGUGUGGAUGGGCGGGAAGUUCCCUAUAGAUAUUGGCGCCGACUUCACAUGGUUCCCCGCGCUAGGAUAUAACACGAAGCGCCCGAUAUCCCAGGACAACCUCAAGUUCGAGCUAUGCAACGUCCUCUUCAACCUCGCGGCGCUCUACUCCCAACUUGCCGUCUCUGUCAACUUCAGCUCGCCCGAUGGGUUGAAGUCUGCCGCGAACUACUUCUGCCUCGCCGCCGGGGUCAUCUCACACAUCAAGGACAAGGUUGUGCCAGAGCUGCGCACGGCGCCAGUCGAGGAUAUGGAUAUCGUGACACUGGAAUCUUUACAGGAAUUACUCCUCGCCCAGGGACAAGAGUGCUUCUGGCAGAAGGCCGUUAUGGACGGGUAUAAAGACUCGUCGAUUGCGAAGCUUGCUGCGCGGGUCUCGGAUCUAUAUAGCACGGCCGGAGACUGGGCAGUGCAGAGUGAGGCCAUAAGCUCCGAGUGGAUCCACCACAUGGCCGCAAAGCACCACCACUUCGCCGCCGCGGCUCAGUACAGGCAGGCGUGCGAUUGUCUCGAGAAGCGCAAGUACGGUGAGGAGGUGGCGCGGCUGCGGGACAGCAUGCUCUGCGUCAACGACGCGCUGAAGGAGGCUCGCUACGUCAACAAGACUGUGCUGAGCGACCUGAACGGCCUCAAGAACAAGGUCUCCGAAGAUCUCAAGCGCGCAGAGAAGGAUAAUGAUAUCAUCUAUCUCAACCCCGUACCGCCAAAAUCCGAGCUCAAGACCCUCGAGCGCGCUGGCAUGGUAGUAGCCCGUGUGCCCCCAGAUGUCGCAUCCCCUCUCGACCACCUCGGCGACAACGCCAUGUUCGGCCCACCGCUAUUCUCCAAACUCGUCCCCUUCGCCGUCCACCUCGCCGCCAGCAUCUACGAAGAGCGCCGCGACCGUCUAGUCAGCACGCAACUCACCGGCCCCCUCUCCUCCCUAACCGCCUCAAUCCACAGCACCCUCUCCGCCCUCUCCCUCCCCGGCUCCCUCCAAGCCCUUGAGAAGCCCCUCGGCAUCCCCCCCGCCCUCCUCUCCCACGCCGAAGAACUCCGCCAAUCCGAUGCCAUAGCCCGCCUUGACCGCUCCUUCGCCGACACCGCCAAGCUCAAGGCAACAGAUACCGCUACCUUCGCCUCCGGCCGCGACGCCCUCCUCGCCGAGGAAGCCGAAGACGCCGCUCUCCGCGCUCGCUUCGGUACUCUCCGCUGGACCCGUCCUCCGUCCCGCGAAGCAGCGCCCAAACUCCACGCUCAGAUCGCGGAAAUCGAAAGCUACCUUGCCAGCGCCGCUGCGAGCGAUGAUCUCGUUCGCAACACUUACCGCAACCUCGCCCCUCUCCUCCGCAUCCUCGCUGGCCCCGAUCGCGGGCUCGCGGACUUCGUACCGGCGUCGCGCCGCGCUGUUAUUCCGCCGAAACUCGAGGCUGAGGCGUCGGCGCUGCGUACUUGCCUCAAUGAUAUUUCGCGCCUCGAGAGCAGGCGGCGGCGCAAGAUUGAGGCGCUUCGCGAGGCAGCGAGGGGGGAUGAUGUGCAUCCCGCCCUUUUGGCUGAGGCGGCGAGACUAGAGCGCGAGAGGCCCGAUGUCACUAUCGUAACAGCGCAUUUCGAGGCCUUCUUCGAUGCUAGGCUCGGGAGCAGAUAUGACUCCGAGAUUGCGGCUGUUGCAGCCGAGGCGGAGGAGCAGGCUACUUUACUCCGUGCUGUUGAGCGCGCUAAUGCGGAUUUCGUGCGUGCGCGUCGUGGGGAGGGGGGUGGGGAGAGGGAGAAGGCGUUACAACAACUAGAGGGGGCGUGGGUGGGGUAUAAAGACGUAGUUGCGAAGUUGGAGAUGGGGAGGACGUUUUAUAAUGAUCUCAGCCGGAUUGUGGGCAGGUUCCGCGAGGAGGCGAGGGAGUUUGGGUAUAGCCGACGGGCGGAGGCUGCGGGACUUGAGUCGGAUCUAUCACUCCCACCUCUCUCUUCUUUAUCGUUGCAGAACCAAGCACAGCAACAACAACAGCAACAACCCGCCUCACACGCCCCGUCACGAGCCCAGCAAGCAGAACCAAUGCCCGCCCCCAUCGCGACGCGCAACCCCGCGCCGCUACCACAACCCCAGCAGCAACAACAGCAGCAGCCUCCGCUCCCAGCAGGGCCUGUGGCAGGAAUGUGGAACCCGGAGAUGGGGAUUCGUUUUGGCGGGUCGCCGGCCCCGCAGGGGGAUGGGAAGAGACAGCAGCAGCCACAGGCUGGGGUGUGGGAUCCGAGUGCGGGGUUGAGGUUUGGCUAGACUGCGGGAGGUAGCAUAGGUUUAACAGAUGGAUUUUUUUGGGAGUUGGGUGUAGCGUUGCGGUUUUGGCGUAUGGUUGUGCUUUUGUUGUGGGUUUUUGGGUGGAGUAGGAGAGUGGGAGGUGGGAGGAGAGCGUAUAUAUCCCGAUAUCCUGAUAUACAGUAUACAUAACGUAUUUCCCGUACGAGUGGCCCACCCGAACGAGUGGCCCACCAAAACACCAAAACGCGUCAAUGUGACUAUAGUCAACAAUGCCACGA